AAAGGUAAAACAACCCACGUCCCCACGUCCCCGUAUCCCACCUCCCACUCCCUUCCCCCAAAUCUCUCGGUCUCAAUUCCAUGUCUCUCCAGAGAGGAAUCUCAGCGGCCGACCUCCUCCCGCCUACAGCGACCUCGACCGGCAGCGCACUGCAGCCAAGCUAGAUUGGAGUGGUGGAUCCGCGCCCUUGACAUCUCACGGAGUCCAUGAGGACAGCAACGCGGGGAGGGAGCGACGACGGCAACGACGAGCGACGGCGACGCGAGGAGGGCGGCGCGUCGACGGCAACGACAACCGACGGUCGAGUUGGGAAUAGGAACAGGUGUGGCAGAACGACAUCGACCUCCUCAAGCCGUCGGCGGGUCCAGAGAAGCUCAACUCAUUCCUCAUGUGCCACGGCUGCUUCAACAUGUGCGUUGUUAAACCUUGUCGAGGGAGGCGGUGGCGACUGGUGGUGCGAAGCCGAUCCUCCACAAGGGCUUCUCCAUGCUGCUACGCUCUCCCGUCGGUCUCUUCUUGCCUUCGCUCAGGCAGGCGCCGACGGGGCUGACACGCCGUUGAUCAGCGACGGACAGCGUGGCGACGCAGGUGUGCGAGGAGUCUCCGUCCGCUACAGGCUACAGCCUCAGGGGACGAAGCAAACACAUAUUGGGAGAUGAUCAGUAGUGUCAAACCCACAUCUUCUCUGCCAUCUUCUACAUGAACUGCUUUGUAAAAAGUGGAAAAUUGUUGCUUGUAAUGUUGAUGUGCAGACUACCAAAUUGGGAAAUUUUCGAUCAUGGUGAAACUACAUUGUACAAAGUGAAUCAUAUUAGUAAUGUCUCCCAACUCUCAAAUUGUUGCUUGUUAUAUUAAUUUGCAAACUACCAAAUUGGAAAAAUUUCAAUCAUGAUAUGAUUGUGAGAAUUGAUGCAUGAUUGCAGAUGGCUACCAAACCGUAAAAUUUCAACAUUCAAAAGAUUUAUUUUGUACGGGCAGGUUUGAUGCAUGAUUGCAGCUGCAUGUAGGUUUCGGUUUGUCCAAGAACUGUGUAUGUAUACCGAUAAUGAUUACUCCCUCCGUGUCUUUCAUUUAGUACAAUUUUAUACUUAUUUUGGGACGGGGGAGUACUCUGUUUUCAAAUGGCGCCUGUUGUGCACAUGAUAACUGUGCGUGUAUAAAUUAGUAUCAGGUUGCCUGCACAUUGAACUUAUAAUUCUUUUUCUGAAUAAUGUGUCAUAUUUUGAUUCCUGCCAAAAUGACCAUUGCUAUUUGCUUUCUAGACAUCUUGUAUGUGUCUUGUGCUGAUAAUAAUUUUUAUUUUUCUUAGGAUUCGAUAUGCUUGUGAAGGGUACAUUAUGAUUUACGAGCAUGUAAUCUUCUCUGAUAAUCAAAGUGCUGCAUAGUCUUGUGUGCAUUCAUCAGAGCUAUUCCACAAUCUUGUCCCCACUUAUGCCUUUUUACACUUUUAUAUGUGUAGCUUUUAAUUUUUUUAAUACAUUGAUUCUUUUCUUUUUUAAGUCUUCAUGUGUGCAGAAUUACUUCUGCGGUGAGUCGGAGUGUGAUGUCUUCUCACGGGCUACUGUCAUCAAUCAAGGUGGUCAUCGGCGAUAUCAAGCUUGACGAGUACUUCCUGAAGGCUGAUGUCUGCUCCCGUCGCGUCGCUGACCGAGGCCCCAUCUCCAUGGGAAGCUGCUAUUUUUUUGUUAGAUUGGCAGUGAGAUGCUUGGAUAGGAGAAAAGAAACCAGAAGUGCAUGAGAGAUAGAUGUUGAGAACCUAAAUAAUGCACACACAUUUACAUAUUUCAUGUGAUGGUAGUACGUCGUCGUAGUUUUCGUGUUGGUUGUCCUACUAAAUGUUACUAUCAGUCCUAACUCAUCACAUCACUCUCAAUUUUCAGUCAUGCUUGGAGCUUUUAUCUGUAAUUCUACAAAAUCAGAAAGCAUUUCUAAGCCUCAAGGUAAUGUUGAAACUUAGAGGCGAUCAAAUCA